AUGGGAUGCAUAGAAACCAGAGUUAAGGAGCAUAAAGCAAAGAAAAUUCAAGGAAAGAUUGCAAAGGGAUGGAAUGUAUGCUGCAACUAUUCAAAUGCUGUGAAUGGGAGAAUUUGUAUCAUUUAUGCUCAAAAUGAUGGGAAUCAAAGGGAAAAGCUAUGGAGAGAUCUUAGAGGGCUAACUAUACCAAGUCAGGAGGCUUGGCUUCUUAGUGGAGACUUUAAUAAUGUGCUUAGCUCUGAGCAUACAAUUGGUUCCCCUGUUACUGAUGCUGAAAUAAAGCGAUUUAAGGAUGUCAUUGAUGAUUUACAACUCACCCCUCUUAGAGCUAAAGGGUGGCAUUACACUUGGACAAAUAAGCAAGGUUCUGAUUCUAGGGUGUAUAGCAAGAUUGACUGGGCUUUGGGAAACUACCAGUGGAUUCAGCAGUAUGGGUAUAUAGAAGCUAAUUUUUUGAACCCUUCAGUGUCUGAUCAUUCACCUAUUCUAAUCAAAUGUGGUAGACAGCAGCUAAUGCACCCAAAACCAUUCAGAUUGUACACAAACAUCAUGGAGCUUCCUCAAUUUCAGAACAUUAUGCAACAAGUAUGGAAACAGCACUAUGAAGGAGCACCUAUGCAGCAGAUAUGGAGUAAACUGAAGAACAUGAAGGAACAACUAAAGGAGGUAAAUGCAUAUAUGGCUUCAUACAAACAGAGACUUGAGCAGGCAAGAGAGAAAUUGGAUAUUAUACAAACUCAGAUCAAGCAGAACCCUUUAUCACAGUCCCUUUUUAAUGAAGAGAAAAUAACAUUAGAUGAAACUGAAAAGUGGAGCAAUAUGGAGGAGCAAGUAAUGAGGCAGAAAUCCAAGGCCUGCUGGAUUGAAUGUGGAGAUGCUAACACAAAGUAUUUCCAUGCCCGGUGGAAGAUUAGAUCCAGUCAUAAUAGCAUAACAUCUAUAUAUACAGAUACAGGUUUGAAAUUAAAUGAGCCCAAAUUAGUUGAGCAGGAGUUCAUUAAUGUCUUCCAGUCAUUAAUGGGAAACUGUGCUACUGAGAUUCCAUGUGCUAACACAGCUAUUAUAAGGGAAUGA